AUGUCAAGUAGUGGACGUCGACAUGUCGCGCUAAAGCUCUUCAUCAAUAAUCAGUCUAUGGGACAACAGCUGGAUAAUGAGCUCGAAAUGUACAAGCGCAUCUCUGCCUCUUCGUCAAAGCACCCUGGUCGCAGCGCGGUCAGAGAACUACUUGACUCGUUCGACGUUGUUGGGCCUGAUGGAUCUCACCGAUGCCUUGUUCAUCCUCCCCUUUGGGAGAGCAUGUGGACAUUCCUGAACCGCAAUCCAGUAAGAAGGCUUCCUCCUGUGGUCCUCGCUGUCACCCUGCGUCGACUUUUUUUGGCACUCGAUUAUCUCCAUACAGAGUGCAACGUAAUACAUACAGAUAUCAAAGGAGACAAUAUCAUGUUCGGUAUUUAUGACGACUCAGUAUUCACGACUUUCGAGGAGGAGGAGAUCAGUGAUCCAACUCCACGAAAGGAGGUAGACGGCAGAACCAUAUACAUAUCACGAGAACUUCGAAAGCCCAAGGACUAUGGCGCGCCAGUUCUAUGCGACUUUGGUUCAGCUGUUACAGGUAAUGUAGAGCAUUGCGAAGAUAUCCAACCAGACAUUUACAGAGCUCCGGAGGUCAUCCUUGAAGCCCCGUGGUCAUACAAGGUGGACAUAUGGAACGCAGGAUGCAUGAUUUGGGAUAUCUUUGAGGGCCGGCAUAUGUUUACAGGACAUGACCCCGAGUUCCAGAAAUACCGCAGCAGAGCACAUCUCGCCGAAAUCAUCGCGCUCCUCGGUCAGCCUCCAACCAAAGUCCUUCAAGCCGGCAAAGCUAGCCACAAGUUCUUCACAGACACCGGUGACUUCCGUAAGGAGAUAGAGCUUCCUGACAGAACUUCACUUGCAGAGCAAGAAGUCAGUCUUGAAGGGGAGCGAAAGGAGAUGUUUCUAGCCAUGAUGAACAGGAUGCUUCAGUGGGAUCCUGCUAACAGAGCAUCGGCGAAAGAGCUUGCUGAAGAUCCGUGGAUAACGGCAUAUUUGUAG